ACACGAGCUGCACCACAAAACCCGACAUGUUAAGACACGAAACAGUUAUAUCUUGGUGAAGAAGUUAAGUCCUCUAGAAGCGUUGCCGAGCGAAACUAGAACAUGAUGGACAAGUCCUUAAGAUGCAGCAACAAACUCAGCAUCAACCAGAACCGGAUUCUUAUUCCCCUGGAGCCUUUGAAGGACAACCAAAGUAUGGAUCCUAAGGAGAGGACGUUUCUGGAGGCCGCCGAGCGAGGUGACAAACACACCAUGAUUCGUUGUCUUCAGCUACCUCACCCUGUAAAUGUCAACUGCACCAACAUCCUGGGCCGUAGCGCUAUCCAAAUCGCCGUGGACAACGAAAACGUGGAGAUUGUGGAGCUUCUUCUGCAGCAAGAACACGUACAGAUUGGAGAUGCUCUGCUAUAUGCAAUCCGCGAGGGCGUUUACAAGAUCGUAGAAAUGUUGAUUAACCAUCCCAGCAUCACGGCGGGCAUGUUAGCCAGCGAUUGGGCAAAGAGUCGACAACAGGGCGAUGAAAGCCCAGACUACAGCCCCGAUAUCUCGCCCGUUAUCCUAGCUGCACACUGCAACCAGUUCGAGAUCUUGCAACUCCUACUCUCUCGUGGAGCGAUGAUCGACAACCCGCACUUGCUAUCCUGUUGCUGCCAAAAAUGUCAAGAGGGGAUGCAUACGGACAGUCUACGUUACUCCCUCCGGAAGAUCCACACCUACCGGGCCUUGGCCAGUCCAGCCUGGAUCUCAUUGACCAGCGAUGACCCUAUUCUCACUGCUUUCGAGCUGUCAUGGGAGCUUGGACACCUAGCUAUGCGGGAAAACGAAUUUAAAGAUAUCUACCUGGAACUGAGUAAUCAAUGUAAACGCUAUUCGUGCGACCUCCUGGAUCUCUGUAGGAGCACAGAGGAAGUUAUCGCUGUCCUCAACAAACAAUCUAACUCCGACGACGAAGAUGAUGAUGAUGAAGAUAGAGAAAAAUUAACUCUUGCUCGUCUAAAACUGGCAUUAAAAUAUGAACAAAAACAGUUUGUAGCUCACCCCAACUGUCAGCAGCUGCUGACGUCCAUAUGGUACGAAGGUAUACCUGUCUGGCGACGUUGGAACGGGAUUAUGAAGCUAGUAAUGUGUUCUGGACUUAUAGCUUGCAUGCCAGUCAUUACCCUUUAUUAUCUAACCCUACCCAGGUCCAAAUUAGGCCAAGUUCUCCGGUCUCCAUUCAUGAAGUUCAUUUACCACAGUGCCUCCUUUGGGUUUUUUCUUCUUUUGCUGGUACUUGCUUCUACAAGGUUGGAGGGGUCCGAACGAUCAAGGCAGAACAUCCGGGGGCCUCCACCCUCUUUGGUGGAGUGGUUGGUUUUCUUCUGGGUCACAGGGAUGGUGUGGUCAGAGUGUAAGCAACUGUGGGAAGAGGGAAUCAAGGCCUAUGUCCGACAGUGGUGGAACUGGUUAGACUUCAUCAUGUUGUCCCUCUACUUGGCCACUUUCUCCCUCAAAGCUGUGGCAUUCUUUCAGAUCCAGAGCGACCGUUACGGUCCUAGGGUCCUUGAGCGCACCCGCUGGCCCAACAAUGACCCCACACUUAUUGCCGAAGGCGUGUUUGCCGUGGCUAACGUCUUCAGCUUCGCACGAGUCAUCUACUUAUUCCAGACCAAUCCGCACCUGGGACCCCUCCAGAUCUCCCUCGGCUGUAUGAUCAUCGACAUCGCGAAGUUUCUCUUCAUCUUCUUCCUCGUCCUGACGUCGUUCGCAUGUGGCCUAAAUCAGCUGUACUGGUACUACGACACAGAGUUUUGUGAAACGAGGGUUUCUGGGACGGAAAACGCUACUGUUAACUGCUACCGCGACACAGAUGCUUUUAUCACAUGUUCCUGUGCUCUAUACAACAUUUUGUAGAGGUUCAAACCCCUGCCAGUACCCUAAAAGAAUGUAUAUAUUACCGAGUUGAG